AUGCUCAAAUUUGCGUUUCUGGCCACAGUCCUUAUUGGAUUAGUGACUGGCUUAGAUGUGGAUUCUCAAAAGAAAAUUUCAGAACGACUGAGCUCAAAACUCCUACAAUACAAUUCAUUUGGUUUACCAGAAGUUUCACAACGAUACCAACCAGAAUUUGCUGCAAAAUCGGCAGUAGCCGCAACCAACGCUCCUAUAUCUUGCUACAACAGAUCAAUUGAUAUUUUGCCACACGAUGGAACUGCACAAUAUGGAGACCUAGUUGAAAGUGAUUUCAGCUCAACAUGUUCCGAUACCUUCACAUUCUACGUCGACAACUUUAUCGAUGAGUUUUUUGUCAUUAUCACUACACUCGACGCCCUCAACCCACGAGCAACAGUUUAUAAUCCGAUUGGAGGGGAAGUUUCUUCCUGCAAAGAUUAUGCAUCGUCAGCGACUCAAUCCAUUCAUCUUAUUUGCAAUGGAAAAAACAUUCAUGGAACUGGAGCUUACACAGUCAAGCUUGCAGCUGAUAUGAACAAACCAUGUAUUUUCGAAAUCCGGGCACCAACCAAGCUGACUGUAGACGGUGGAUUUGUAGAAGACAUCCGCGAUGAUGAUGUGCAACAAAUCAUUCUUUCCACUGCAAAUCAAGGAAUUUUCCGUUUCCCCUUGGAAAAUCAAGCAUCGUACUUGGCGUUCAAAGUUGAGAGUGAGGAAUUCCCGAUCCACCCAGAAGAAGUACACUUGUACACUAAUGGCCAGUUUGAUAUCAAAAUGGAUCUGAAUUUGAGAUACGGCUGCAACACUCCUCACAUCACCCAACAAUCUUAUAAUUGUACUUCCCAAAACUUGUAUCACGCGAAGUUCAGAGGCUACGACAGCGAUGGAAACCGGUUCCAGAGAAUCUACGAUUUCAAUUGUGACAUUGGAGACGUUGUGUUCACAACGCCAUCAGUGGACAUUUCAACAACACCUGCUAGGUUUUGUGAAAAUGGAGGAAUUUUGUAUAAUGAUACAGCAGCAGCGCGAGAAGGACAUGGACAAUAUCCAGCGUCUGGUCCUGGAGCGGCAUCUCCUCCCUUCUCUCCUGGAACUCCAUUCUUUCCUGGGUGUCCUGGUGGUCCUGGACGUCCAGCGUUUCCUGGCUUUCCAGCCUCUCCGUCGUUUCCUGGUGCUCCUGGGUUUCCAGCUGGUCCAGCCUCUCCGCGUGGUCCUUGUGGUCCUGGUCUUCCUGGCUGUCCUGGCUUGUACUCGGUUCCUGGCUCUCCACGUGGUCCUGGUGGUCCUGGACGUCCGGCGGCUCCUGGUCUUCCAGCGUCUCCUUGCUCUCCUGGUCCUCCUUGUCCUCCUGGUGGUCCUGGUGGUCCGCGUCUUCCGUUUCCUCCGGCUGGUCCGGCGGAUCCUGGUCCUCCGGCUGGUCCCUUUGGUCCUGGGCGUCCUGGUGGGCACUUGAUACAUCCUCCUGGAAUAUCGUGGGUGAUAGCCACAAUAACUCCUGGUGCUCCUGGCUUUCCAUCGUCUCCAUCGUUUCCGGUGUUUCCCUUUGGUCCGGCCUCUCCUGGUGGUCCUGGUGGUCCAGCUGGACAAGCCUCGGAUUUUGGUCCACAGUUACAUUGUUCGAAUCCAGCUUGA